UCCCGUCGCGGCGCAUCUUUCCGUCUCCCGUGGGACCGAUCGAUCGAGAAUCGGGCCCGAAAAGAUCGGCCCGCCGGAAACCGGAGGUGAAAAUCGCGGAAAUUUUAUUAUUCGUUUUAUUUGCUGGGUGGUGACGUGGGAUAUACAUACGAGUACGCGAAACCUACGGUGGAAUGAUCGCGACGACUUGGAGAAAUCCCUCGAGAUCGAUCAAGGAUCAUGCGCGUUAGAUGCGCGAGCUGAAGGAAGAUAAAUCCGGAACAGUCGAGGAAGAUAAUAAAGGAAAGCUGCGAAAUACCUCUGCUCGCGCAGGAUGUCCGCGUUAUUUCUGCUGACGACCUGGAUCGUCCUGACGUUCAUCCAGGACGGGGUUGCGACAGGUCAACGGGGUUACACCCCGAGUCCUUCCCAGGAACUGGACAACACUCUGCAAUCAGCACCACCCGUCGGGCCAAACGUAUGCAGGUCGAGAUAUAAAAACUACUGCUGUCCAGGAUGGUCAAAGAAACCGGAAACGGGCCUGUGCGUUAUUCCGAUCUGCGUAAGACGUUGCGGCUCUCUAGGGAGAUGCAUACAGCCCAAUAUUUGCUUGUGCGAAGGUGGUCAGGUCGCAUCUUCCUGCGGCAACGGAGGACAAAGCAAAGUCAUCACGCACGAGACCGGAAACGGCAGCGAUCGCGGCGAGACCGGCAGAUGCAGAGUUCAUUGCAUAAACGGAAACUGCGUGGACGGUCGGUGUCAGUGUCGCAGCGGUUAUCAGGGAGAAUUUUGCAACGAACCUAUCUGUCGAGAACCUUGCCUGAAUCAGGGAAGAUGCAUCGGUCCAGAUCGUUGUGCUUGCAUUUACGGCUACACCGGAAGACGUUGCGAGACCGAUUUCAGAACUGGGCCGUGUUAUACCAAAGUGAGAAACGAUCAAUGCUUGGCGAGUCUUCCAAACGUGAUUUGCACACGACAAUUGUGUUGCGCGACUGUCGGCAAGGGUUGGGGCCACCCUUGCGAGAGGUGCCCAGCCAGGCUGGAUUGCGAACAAGGUUAUCUGAAGACCAAGCAGGGUCAAUGCAUCGAUAUCGAUGAGUGCGAUUCGAUUCCCGGACUCUGUCAGGGCGGAAAAUGCGUGAACACCCCAGGUUCGUUUGUGUGCGAGUGUCCCGAGGGACAGGCGAGGGACCUCGAGACCAACGAAUGCAAGGACAGAGACGAGUGUCAGGAGGAAGGCAUUUGCGCCGAUGGUCGAUGCAUAAACACGAGUGGCGGCUAUUACUGUCAUUGCAAUCCUGGAUUCAUACAGAGCCAGGACCGGAAGUACUGCAUCGAUGGCAGACAGGGAUUGUGUUACACGGCGGUAAAUCGUAAUGGACAAUGCAAGAAUCGGUUGGCGAUGAGAUUGAGCAAGAAGGAUUGUUGCUGCGGCAAAAACAUGGGUCGAGGAUGGGGCGACGAAUGCUUCAUCUGUCCCAAUCCUGGCAGCGACGAUUACAACAGGCUUUGCUCGCAACUGCAGUCGAUCACCGAGGUGAACGAGUGCGCCUUGCGACCGGAUAUCUGCGGCAACGGCAAGUGCAUCGACACCAAAGAGGGCUACGAAUGCGAGUGCUAUCCGGGAUUUACGAGAAAGCCCGGCAGAUGCGAAGAUGUGGACGAGUGUCUGCUGGGUUACUGCCAGGGUGGAAUCUGUCACAACCAACCCGGCAGCUUCACCUGCGACUGCCCGCCCGGUUUCGUCGUUUCCGGCGAAGGCAGAUACUGCACCGAUCACGACGAAUGCCAAGACACCGGAAUGUGCACCAAUGGACAUUGCAUCAACAUGAACGGAUCCUUCAAAUGCGAGUGCAAUGAUGGUUACACGUUGUCACCGACGAGGAAUACUUGUAUAGACAUCAACGAGUGUGUAGAAAAUCCGCGAAUCUGUCUAAACGGCCGUUGUGAGAACACGCCGGGGUCCUAUCACUGUAUUUGCCAGUCGGGUUUCACUCCUUCGAGAGACAACACUUUCUGCGUGGACAUGGACGAGUGUUCCACCAGCGGAAUGUGCGAGCAUGGCAAGUGCGUUAACAUGGAGGGUUCUUUCAAAUGCGUCUGCGAUUCCGGCUUCAGGAUCGGCCCCGAUCAGAGCCACUGCAUCGAUAUCGACGAGUGUUUAAGUUCACCCUGUCAAAAUGGACGUUGCAUCAACACGUUAGGCAAUUUUCAAUGCGAGUGUCAUCCGGGAUUCAAUUUAGGUCCGGACGGCAGAUCAUGCUUAGAUACGAGAAGAGAUCUGUGCUAUUCGCAGUACAGAGAUGGCCAGUGCUCCAACCCGACCUCAACCGCCGUGACAAAGUCCAGCUGUUGUUGUUGCACUGUGAUCCUAGGCCAGCCAUUAGGCUGGGGUAGCACUUGCCAAGCCUGUCCGCUUCCGGGUACUCCAGAAUUUGAAGCCUUGUGCCCGCACGGUGCUGGAAUGACUUACAACGGCGAUGACAUCAACGAGUGCGCCCAGAAUCCUAAUAUCUGCAUCAAUGGCGGAUGCGAGAAUCUUAUGGGGACGUAUAGGUGCAUUUGCGACAAUGGAUACGAGGUCGAUGCAACUGGAAAAAUAUGCAGCGAUAUCAACGAAUGCGAGUUAGAAGACUCCUUGUGCAGCGGUGGUCAAUGUCGAAACACACCCGGUAGUUUCCAGUGCAUUUGCCCGACGGGGAUGAGAUACAACACGCAGAACCAGAUGUGCGAGGACGUGGACGAGUGCGAGGAAUUAGGACCGGAUGUGUGUUUCAACGGAGUAUGCAUCAAUACCCUGGGAGCUUAUGAAUGCGAAUGCGCUCCUGGUUACGUUCUGGAUAACACUGGCUACAUCUGCCGAGACAAUCGGAAGGGAUCGUGCUGGACCAAGAUGGUGGACGGUCGAUGCGAAAAUAAUUUGCCAAGACUGGCUCUACGUUCCGAGUGUUGCUGCUCGGUUGGGGUAGCCUGGGGCAGCCCGUGCGAACUUUGCGAGCAUUCUCUCUGCGAGUGUUCCAAAGGUUACGCGAAAGUAGACGACAAAGACUGCGCCGAUAUCAACGAGUGCGAGCUCAACAACGGGAUCUGCAAGGGUGGCGGCACUUGCGUUAACACGGACGGCUCGUACCGCUGCGAGUGCCCACCCGGUCUCACCCUGGACGCGACACACACUACUUGUAUCGACACUAGGCAGGAAGCGUGCUUCCUGGAUUAUCGCCACGGCCAGUGCACCAAUUCUGUAGAGGGUCAUUUCUCCAAAAGCCUCUGCUGUUGCUCCGUAGGCCGUGCCUGGGGCAGCGAGAAGUGCGAACUCUGUCCUAAGACGGGUACACGAGCCCACGCGGAACUGUGUCCUCGAGGAGACGGCUUCACCGAGCGUCAGGACAUUAACGAGUGCAUCGAGUUCCCGGGGAUGUGUCUGAACGGCAGAUGCAAAAACACGAUCGGCAGUUAUAGCUGCAGAUGCAAUCAGGGCUUCGCGCUCGACGAGCAUGGCAUCAAGUGCAAUGAUAUCGACGAAUGCGAGAUCAUGCGUGGUGUUUGCGGCAACGGCACCUGCAGAAAUACUCCCGGCAAUUUUCAAUGCGACUGCACCCCUGGUUAUCGCAGCAGUGACAUCAUGAAGAUUUGCAUGGACAUAAACGAAUGCGAGGAGACUCCGGGUCUGUGUCGCGGAGGUACUUGCGUCAAUACCGAAGGAAGCUUCAACUGUCAAUGUCCUCCGGGGCACGAACUGGGCCCUGACAAGCAAUCCUGCAAGGACAUCGACGAGUGCUCGAGAACCAGCGGUAUAUGCUCGAACGGGGUUUGCGAGAACAUGAUGGGCACUUAUCAGUGUAUCUGCGAUGACGGUUAUCAGCAAACGGGCCUCAGGUCUCACUGCGAGGACAUUAACGAGUGCGCGGUCAACAAUGGAGGCUGCGCGGACAUUUGUCUGAACACACCGGGCAGUUUCUCCUGCUCCUGCCGCACCGGCUACGCUUUAAAUCUGGAUGGUCGCACCUGUGCGGACGUGGACGAAUGCAAGGAGAACUCUCGAAUCUGCAACGGAGGAAAGUGCAGGAAUAUACCGGGUGGUUAUGUAUGCAAUUGCACGAACGGUCUGUUGCCCGGAAGAGACGGUAUAUCUUGUAUAGAUGUCGAUGAGUGCGUGAUGCAGCCGCAGAUAUGCGGAUACGGUGAAUGUUACAACACGAUUGGGUCCUUCAAUUGUCGUUGCGAGGAAGGUUACUCGGUGAAACCAGCGGAAGGGCCAGCAUGCACCGACGACGACGAAUGCCGAUUAAAUGCCUAUUCUUGUAGCGAAUUCGCCGAAUGCCAGAACACCCAGGGCUCCUACGUAUGCACGUGUCACGACGGUUUCACCGGGAAUGGAAUUGAGUGCUGGGAUAUCAACGAGUGCUCCAACAACAACGGCGGCUGCGACUCCAACGCGCACUGCAUCAACACCGAAGGUUCCUUCAAGUGCGUGUGCGACGCCGGUUUUCGCGGCGACGGCUACAACUGCAAGGACAUCGAUGAAUGCGCGGAGGAUAGCACGCUUUGCGAAAACGGACACUGCCUGAAUUAUCCGGGCGCGUAUCGCUGCGAGUGCGAGAUGGGCUUCAUGCAUCCGGACGAGCGUAGCGAGCAGGCGUGCGUGGACAUUAACGAGUGCGAGAUGUUUAACAAUCUGUGCGUCUACGGCCACUGCGAGAACAUCUUCGGCAUGUUCCGCUGCGAGUGCAACGAGGGCUACAAACUCGACAAUUCCGGCGGCAACUGCACCGACGUGGACGAGUGCGAGAGCCCGCAAUCCUGUCAGUACGGCACUUGCAUCAACACCCAGGGCAAAUAUAUCUGCAGAUGCCCGCCGCAUCACGAGCUGGUCGAAGCCGGAAAUGCCUGCGUCGAUAGACGCGAGUCGCUUUGCUUCACGGGCUACGAGCACGGCACCGGAAAGCCCCAGUGCAUCUUCGAAGUAGCGUCGUCGGUGACGAAAGCGACGUGUUGCUGCAGCAUCGGCACCGCCUGGGGCAAUCGUUGCGAGGAAUGUCCGCGACCUGGCACGAAGGAAUACGAUACAUUGUGUCCUAGCGGACCAGGAUACAGGCCGAAUCGCGUGACCGUGAUUCUGGAGGACAUCAACGAGUGCGCGGAGCACGAAAAUAUCUGUCAGAACGGACACUGCACCAACACAUUCGGUAGCUUUAUGUGCUCGUGCAACGAAGGCUUCAUCCUGGAUGAUUCCAAGACCAGCUGUAUCGACAUAAACGAAUGCGCGCUGCAUCCGCGGAUAUGCGGCGUAGGAUACUGCAUCAAUGACCAAGGAAAAUAUCAUUGCGAAUGCCCUGAAGGAUACAUGGCGAUGCCUGGAGGAAAGGAAUGCGUCGACAUGAGGAAGGAGGCCUGUUACCUUACUUAUGACGAUGGACACUGUCUCAACCCUAUGGUGCAGCCGCAGACAAAAAUGUUGUGCUGCUGUUCUAUGGGGGCCGCGUGGGGUAGUCUCUGCGAAAAAUGCCCCGGCGAGAGAACUCGCGAACACGAGAUUCUGUGCGGCCAUGUGCCGGGUCAGAUCAUGAACCCGAUCACGAAUCACUCCGAGGAGAUCGACGAGUGCGCCCUGAUGCCGACCAUGUGCACUCAUGGCCGGUGUAUGAACACGCCCGGUAGUUUCGAGUGCCAAUGCGAGCGCGGCUACGUUUACGACCAGGACUCUCAUCAGUGCAUCGACGAGAACGAAUGUCUACAGAUACCGAAUCCCUGUAGCGGAAACGCGCAGUGUAUUAAUCAGCAAGGUUAUUUCGAAUGUGUAUGUCCGGCUGGUUACAAACUCGGUCCCGGUCAGCACGAUUGCGUCGACAUUGAUGAAUGUUACGAGCGACCAGGCAUUUGCAGCAACGGCGCGUGCAGCAACCUGCAAGGUGGUUUCCAGUGCGUCUGUCAUGCCGGGUUCUCGUUGACCCGCGACCGAGACAACUGCGUCGACAUUGACGAGUGCCAACGCAAUCCGAAUAUAUGCAACAACGGCACUUGUAUCAACACCCUGGGUUCCUAUAAGUGCCAGUGUUAUCAGGGAUUCAAACUCAGUCCGAAUAACGAUUGCGCGGAUAUCAACGAGUGUCGAAUAAUGCCGUUUUUAUGUCGCAAUGGUCGAUGCCGAAACACGAUCGGAGGUUUUGUCUGUGAAUGCGCGGACGGUUAUGUAUUGGCUCAAGAUGGUCAACAUUGUCGCGAUAUCGAUGAGUGUCAUGAGAUACCAGGAUUAUGCCCACCUCCCGGAAAAUGUCAGAAUUUGAUGGGAUCCUAUAUAUGUAGCUGUCCACCGGGAUACGAGUUGGACCAUACCAGAAAAAAAUGCGUCGACGUGGACGAAUGCAUGGAAACGGAAGAUAUUUGCGAAAACGGUCGAUGCAUCAAUACGGAAGGCGGGGUGAUCUGCGAAUGUCCGGUCGGAUAUCAGUUGAGUGACAAACCGAACUCGCUUAGAUGCAUCGACGUGAGGGAAGAACAAUGCUACGACAGCUACAGGCGAAAUCAGUGCACCUUCCCACGAGAGGGUGGGAUGACCAAGAAACACUGCUGCUGCACGAUGGGCAAGGCUUGGGGUCGCUACUGCGAGCAAUGUCCACCGGAAGAUAGCGAGGAGUUCAAGAGGCUGUGUCCGGAAGGACCGGGACGGGACGACACCGGGGUCGAUCUGAACGAGUGUCUGUUUAUGCCGGAUGCUUGUCUCGGUGGCGAAUGCAUCAACACAGACGGCUCGUUCCGAUGCGAGUGUCCGACAGGAUACGUCUUGGACGAGGGUGGAAGACGGUGCGUGGACCACAACGAGUGUCUGAGUGUGCAGAACAUCUGCGGCAACGGCACUUGCCGCAACAUCGACGGCGGUUUCGAGUGCUCGUGUAACGACGGUUACGCGCCGGGUGCCAAUCAGGUUUGCGAGGAUGUCAACGAGUGUUUGGAGAUGGGGAAUCAGUGCGCCUUCCGGUGCCACAACGCGCCAGGAUCUUUCCGCUGCAUCUGUCCGUAUGGUUACACCCUGGCGCCUGACGGCCGCCAUUGCGUGGAUGUCGACGAAUGCACGACACCGGCGAACGACUGCAGAUUCCAGUGCAAAAAUCUCAUCGGCACUUUCAUGUGCAUCUGUCCGCCUGGUUACCAGCAGAUAGGAAUGGCGGACGAGUGCAAGGACAUAAAUGAAUGCGCUAUCAACUCCGGUCUGUGUCAACACGGUCGUUGCGUCAACUUGGAGGGAAGCUACCAGUGUCUGUGUCACGAUGGUUUUGAGCAAAGUUUGGACGGGAAGUCGUGUAUCGACCGAAGGGUCGGCUAUUGUUUCCUGCAAACAAUCGGUGGUAGAUGUACCGCUAGAACGUCAGAACUGCGUACAGUCACCAAAGCUGAUUGUUGUUGCACCAUGGGCGCGGCAUGGGGGCCACAUUGCGAAAUUUGUCCGUCGAGGGAUUCUGAGAAUUACAACGAGCUCUGUUUGGACAAAGGUUUCUCCGUCAAUGGACAAGAUAUCGACGAGUGCAAGACUAUACCUGAUUUAUGCAGAAACGGUCUGUGCAUAAAUACUCUGGGUUCCUACAGAUGCAUCUGCAACAAAGGCUAUAAGGCCGACAAAUCUGGCAUUCAAUGUAUCGACAUUAACGAAUGCGAGUUAACGCCGAAGCCGUGCAAGUACAACUGUCAAAAUACCGAAGGCAGUUUCAUCUGCUCGUGUCCAUCUGGUUUUAUCUUGAACCCUGACGGUCUCAGCUGUAGGGAUCUUGACGAAUGCGCGACCGGGAGUCACUUGUGCCAGCAGAAUUGUAUAAACACCCCAGGAAGCUACACUUGCGGUUGUCAAGAAGGCUACAAUCAACAAGGAGACGCCUGCCAUGAUAUAAACGAAUGCGAACAAUCGGGAAUUUGUCCGAAACCUGGUAGAUGUAUUAACACUCUAGGCAGCUUUCAAUGCAUUUGUCCCAGAGGGUUCAAACUGGAUCACACAGGACGAUUUUGCACCGAUCAUAAUGAAUGCGCCGACGACGACAGUUGUGAACACGGUUGUCAGAAUUUUAUGGGCAGUUUUCGUUGUGGAUGUCCGGAUGGCUUUGUCCAGCAUCUUUAUUACAAUCAAUGCGUAGACGAGAAUGAAUGCAACGGAUCGCCCUGCGGCGACAGUACUUGCAUCAAUACAAUUGGAAGUUACAAAUGCGGUUGUCCUGAUGGUUAUCAAUUCGAUAACAAUAUGGCGAUCUGCGUGCAGGUAAGUGCAGGAUGUCUCGGCAGUCCCUGCUCCUUCGGAUGCACCCCUAAUGGAGUCAGCGGAUUUAUUUGCGGCUGUCCCACCGGUUAUCAGCGAAUAGGACAGGGUCACUGUCUGUCCACCAUUAAUCCCUUGUCUCAAGGACGCUACGACGAAGACAUCGGCAACGUUCCGACCUUCCAAAUCAAUCCUGAUUCUUAUCACAUACCGCCAGCCGACGAGAAGACGAUUUCUACAGAAGGAUGUUUCUCCUGCAAGAUAAACGGAAAUGGACGACACAGAAGAGGCGCUAGAAAUAGAUUCGCGAGCGAAGAGAUGAAGGCGAGAAGGAACAAAAUAAUGAAGAAACGUCGAAACGCCAGGCCGAAGAGGCAUCAUCACGGAAUGGAGCAUGCGCUUAAGAUCAAUCUACGUCAAACGAGGCAUCGCACACGGAUUAUCAAGCUGCAAUCCGCGAUCAAGGGCGAGAACAUGAAUUACACUAUCGCGCGAGGCAACGAUGACGGACACUUCGAGAUCAUCAGGGAACACGGCGUUUCCGCCUUGCAUUUCCGGCGCCGACUGAAAAAUCCCGGCGAAUUUCACAUAGUCAUCCACGGUCGUCCCGAAAAUGCGACGGUGACGAGAACGGAAUGGGAGAAACCACUGACAUUCACGGUCCAUCUCAUAGUCGAAUGAGAUCGAUCGAGGGAUCGAGGAUAAUCGAAUUGCGUGAGAAAACACUGCCCGACACUGCGCGUUACGCUUUUUUCUUUAGUCAAUUCUUUGCGAAUUAUAUUAUAUAUUUCAAGCUACGGUAAAGUAUUAAGAGCACCGGAAAUGCGGAAGGGGCGCGAAUUACGGAACGUAGUCUGUAAAAAAAAUAAGAGCUAAUUUUUUUAAAUCUUUUGUGUUCACUCGCGCAUAAAUCGCAUUAUUUAACUGCCAGAUAAUAAAUGUUUUACUUACAAGCAAUAAUAGUUUUUUAACAACUGCCAGUUUAUCUAGAAUACCUACACUGCCAAUCGAGUGCCUUAUCUUUUUUUUUUUUUGAAUUGUCAGAGUUUUACAUUCGCUGACUUUUUCAUUCAUCACCGAGAUGCUUCAGCAAUUCUAUGCGCGUCACCAAGAAAGCGUUCUCUCGAUUUACUGCCUAUAUUGUUACGUAAUACGGUUUUAGAUUAGAAGUAAUAACACGCUAGAGAUGUACAAACGCUAGAUUAUUAUAUACGUAACUUUAAGCGAGCGAACGCACGUGUAAACAGAAACAAAUAUAGCUUUAUAUAUUUAUAAAUGUUAGUUCGAAAUAAUUGCGGCACGAAUGUAGUCUUGUGUACAAAAUCGGUACAUUUUAUUACGUUGAAAUUUCAAAGGAAAUUUCGUAAAUAUAUCGCUUUAUUAUAUGUUAUUACUUCGUGCCUACAUAUAGUAACUAUUUUAAUUAUGUAUAAUACUAAAAAACAUACCAGAACUGGU